AACCACCACCAUCCCCUCCAUCGAUAAGGUGCUUCCUGUUCCUUGGCUUGUCCGCAGUUCUUCAGUAGUUCGCCAUACAGCUGAGCAUCUCGGCCACUUUGAUAUAGACGUACUGAAGCCCUUUCGGGCGCGCCGCUCACCUGUUUGCAGUCUAUGGAAUGCCUCCAUUGGCUUGUAUCGCGGGCUGACGUGGCGUCCUUGUCGUUCGAAAUCCACCUAAUCCUUCAGGAAAAAUCAUUGCACCAGUGUACGAGUAGUCUCCCACGACCAGUUGGACAAUGACAUACUCUCCCUAGCAUAAGGGCUGGUGUGCACAGUGCAAUGGGCUUGUUGCAUUGGGUACGAUAGUUUGGAUCACCCAGGGCAGUAAGAUGUUUGAGCCCUCAUGCUCUCCUUUGAUCCUGCGCCACGAAGGAUCUCAAUUGCUGUCAUCUCUUAUGGUCGAAUGCUCCUUCAGGAUUUGGAACACUCCUGUAACCCACCUGAGGUCGACCUGUUGACUGCGGAAAAUCGCCCCUUAGGCCAGAAAAUUUUUGUCGGCGUCGCGAUGCCUUCACCUAGGCCUCUCCGCUCCCUUGGUUUGCCGGCGGUUCACGCUCAAUAGCCUCUUGUGGAGAUGGGCGCACAUGUAUGCGUUCGUCGACAUACUGCUUUUAUCGGGCUAGAGUUCGGUCGUCGCUUCACUGCCCACCGGUUGGGUGCUGUGUAGUGUCGUUGGUCGUCUCGUCCCCCCAUGCCCUGAGUACGUGUCUGUGCAUCUUCGCAUAUUCCUUCAACAUAUAUCUUGACUGUUCUCGUCGAAGCAGUCGUAGAUGUCGACAUUGCCUUUGAGUGUCUUAGAUAGCGGGGGAUGGUCUUAACAAUAUAU